AGCCCUGGUGCGUAGCAAUAACGGCUCCGAUCCAGGAUCUUUAUCAUUAGCUUUCACGAAUAUCCGCAACGAAGUUACCAGGAUGCUACAAGAAGAAGCAUUGUGGGAGGUAACCAUUGGGAAUCACUCAAAUGUUACAGCGCUGUCUUGCGAGAAAGGCUUCAAGGAGGCCUCCGUCCUUUCUCAAUGGGCCGCUGGCAUGGCGCACAGCGUCAGGAGCAAAGGUAGUGUGUUUCGCCUUCUCCUACCGCGACACGAAGAUUGACGCACCACAGCAGGUGAUGAUUUCACUUGCAUUGCCUCAAUGUAUAUCUUCUCGUACAUCACGAGAUGGAUGCUCUUAUCAUCUCCCAAGACAUAUGAGGAAAUGCCGGAAUAGGUCCGGCCCACGUAAGGAACGAGUCGAGUGUAGGUCUUUGCAUUAGCGCACAAUUACUGACUCGAUAAUAGACCCUAUCAAGUCUUUGUACUGCACAUUCACAGUCUGGGCUUCGUCUUGUGGCUCAAGCUACAAGACACUGCUAU